UUCAGGAACCGUAUCCCGUUACUAACCUGAAUAACGGGACAAAUUGUAACCUUCUAGACAAACGGAACACGACCUUACUAUAAUUGACAGCUACACGUCAACAAUUGUGAACAUCAGUGACUUGUCAAACAAAACAUCAACACAUAUGCAGAGUUUUUGUAUUUACAUUUACGUUAAAGUAAAAUCAUUUUUCAAAGCUGGCAUCAAGUAAAAUGAGAAGGGCUCAUGGUGGUAACUAUUACCAGCCCCUUUCCCAAGAUUCCAACGAAAUCGAAGAUGAAAAUAAUCGAAUGACUCAAGAACUACAAGAGAAAAUUGGUGUCCUGAAAUCUUUAUCUAUUGAUAUUGGCAAUGAAGUGAAAUAUCAAGACAGAUUACUUGGAGAUGUUGAUGAUGACAUGGAUAGAACUAGUGGAUUCUUGGGAACAACUAUGAAAAAGGUGUUGAGGCUAUCCAGAGGAUCUCACAACUACUAUAUUCUGUACAUGUUCUUAUUUUCAAUAAUUGUAUUUUUUAUUCUUUACUUAGUCAUUAAGUUCAGGUAAUAUCUCUGCCUGUAAAGUAUCUUUUUAAAUUAAAUGUUAAAUUGUUAUAAUUCUUUGUA